GAGCCCCAGAAGGGCAUGGAGUUCGUGGCCCUCACCGCCGUGCAGACGGAGAAGAGCGAGGGCGCCGCCGCCGGGGGCAGUCCGAGGCGCCUGGGGCUGCUCGGGACGCCCCUGCCGGUGCCGCCGGGGGGCUCCGGGGCCCGAUCGGCUUCGCACAAGCGCUACCGGCGCCUCCAGAACUGCCUCUACAACGUGCUGGAAAGACCCCGUGGCUGGGCGUUCAUCUACCAUGCCUUCAUAUUUCUACUGGUCUUCGGUUGUCUGGUCCUGUCUGUGUUUUCAACCAUCCCAGAACAUCAAAAAUUCGCCAACCAAUGUCUCUUCAUCCUGGAAUUUGUCAUGAUUGUGGUUUUCGGAAUGGAAUACAUCAUCCGGGUCUGGUCGGCUGGUUGCUGUUGCCGCUACCGAGGAUGGCAGGGACGUUUUCGCUUUGCCCGGAAACCUUUCUGUGUCAUAGAUUUCAUUGUCUUCAUUGCCUCGCUGGCUGUCAUUGCUGCCGGCACCCAGGGAAACAUCUUUGCUACCUCGGCACUGCGCAGCAUGCGCUUCCUGCAGAUCUUGCGCAUGGUCCGCAUGGACCGCCGCGGUGGCACAUGGAAGCUUCUGGGCUCAGUGGUCUAUGCUCACAGCAAGGAGCUGAUCACGGCCUGGUAUAUCGGGUUCCUGGUCCUGAUCUUUGCUUCCUUUCUUGUUUACCUGGCGGAGAAAGAUGCUAACACCGAGUUUGCCACCUAUGCAGACUCUCUGUGGUGGGGUACGAUUACGCUCACGACCAUUGGCUAUGGAGACAAGACCCCCCAUACGUGGCUGGGCCGGGUGCUGGCAGCCUGCUUCGCGCUUCUGGGCAUCUCCUUCUUUGCGCUGCCUGCUGGGAUUCUGGGCUCAGGGUUUGCUCUUAAAGUCCAAGAGCAGCAUCGGCAGAAGCAUUUUGAGAAGAGACGGACGCCAGCGGCCAACUUGAUCCAGGCUGCAUGGCGCCUCUACUCGACCGAUGUCAGCCGGGCCUACCUGACUGCCACUUGGUGCUACUAUGACAGCAUCCUCCCAUCGUUCAGAGAACUGGUUCUUAUGUUUGAGCACUUGCACCGAGCUCGCAACGGAGGGCUCAGGAACUCUGAGGUGAGGAAAAUCCCCGAUGGAGCUCCACCGCCGUAUCACUCCUUCACCACUGGCCCGAAAUCUGCCAGUCUUCCUUUUUGCCCAGGGGAAAGCUGGAAAGAAGAGGAAGCUCCACCCCACAAGUGUUUACGCCUAAGCCAAAUCUUUAGUAGUAAGCGGAAUUUCUUUCGGAUUCACACCGGCUGGAAACAGAGCAAUAAAAUGGGCAUCAAGGACCGUAUCCGCCUGAACAACUCCCAGAGGCAAGGCAGCCGGGGGAAGCAGCAUCUGGCCCCACCUCUCCGCCGCUCUCCCAGCACCGAGAAUGUCCAUGAGACCAUUAGUCCCACCAAGGUGCAGAAGAGCUGGAGCUUCAACGACAGGACAAGAUUCCGGGCCUCAUUGAGGCUGAAGCCCCGGACUCCAGUGGAGGUUGAUGGCCCUGUAGAGGACAGCAGUGAGGAGAAAGGCUAUCAGUGUGACUUGACCUUUGAGGACAUCAUGCCUGCAGUGAAGACCCUGAUCAGGGCUGUCAGGAUCCUCAAGUUCUUGGUUGCCAAAAGGAAGUUCAAGGAGACACUGCGGCCAUACGAUGUCAAGGAUGUUAUCGAGCAAUAUUCAGCUGGCCAUAUCGACAUGCUUGGCAGGAUCAAGAGUCUCCAGACCCGCGUGGAUCAGAUUGUGGGACGGGGAACCAUUGCUGUUGACAAGAAGACACGCGAGAAAGGGGAGAAGGCGUCGCUGGAGGUCGAACUGGUGGAUGAGCUCAGUAUGAUGGGUCGGGUCGUCAAGGUGGAGAAACAGGUGCAAUCCAUUGAGCAUAAACUGGAUUUGCUACUGGGGGUUUACUCUCAGUGCUUGCGGAAGGGAUCCGUGAACUCUUUCAGCCUGGCCUCUAUGACAAUCCUUGCUGGUGAUCCUGACAUCACAUCCGACUACCACAGCCCCGCGGACCACGAGGACAUCUCUGUCUCUGCUCAGACCUUGAACAUCUCCCGGUCAGCUAGUGCCAACAUGGACUAAGGCGCUGCACCUGGUCCAGCCAUUUAGUAGCCGCACACCCACCGUAGCAAAGAGAGGAGGCAGAGGGAAGGGUAUCUUUCUGCCUUCAGGACAUUAAGGAAGGGGAGGCAGACUUCUUAACAGCCCUUCAUAACAGAUAGUGUCCUCUGGCACACUCAGCCCUUCUUCAACUUCACUUUGUUGGUGAGACUUGAGUGGAGACCCUUCAUCCGACACCUCAAUGGUUGCCUCAACUUUACUUGAAGUCUUCCAGCUGCGGGCAAAGCCGCUAGCAACAGACAUCCCAAAGAACAGCUUGGGUGUUGCCUCCAGCGGAGUUGUCAUGGCAUUGCCAUGACUUUUAAAUCAAAUCCUUCAAGGUGGCACUUGCCAGUUGUAGCCAAGAAACUCUUUGGGGAGGCUGUGCUAACCUUAGGCUGACGUUGAAGGCAGCCUUUUCUAUGGAGAAAAAGCCACGCUAGCCUGAAACAAAUUGCAGAGGGAGUCCAUUUGUUCCCCUUGGCCUUCCAUAAAGGUUGGUUCAUGUUCUCGGCAAGCGUCUCCAAGUAGGAUGGGAGCAUCAAACUUCGUAUGGGUCUGAAGUUUCGUUCAGCAAAAAGCUCCCAGAUCUUAUUGGGGUGUCUUGGCCUCAGAGUCGGAGCAAUGACCCUCUCUCCAAGCAAAUGAUACAGGUGGUCUUACCUGCUUAACCGCACGACAGCGACUGACUUUGGAUUUCUACCUUCUAGGAAACCAGGUUGGAGACUCUUAUUAACAGCUAUGCAAAAGCUAGAUAAUCCUUUCUUCUCCAGGGACAUUGCAACUUGGACUGAAUGUGGCCUCUUGUCCUUUGUGUCUAGAAGAAAAUAACUGGCAAUGCCUGACCCUGCUCCCUGCAGCCUUUAAGCACCUUCGCAACUCCUGUUUAAUCUCUUCCCAGGUAGAGGGCAUGGCUCUGUGGCCCAUAUAUUUUAAGCACAGCGGAGCCUUCUACGACGUGGAUGUGCUUCCCAGGGUGGAGGGUGGAGGGAACAUUUAUAUGCAACAAACUUGAAUAUGCAACCUGAAACAAAAGAUCUGGCAAAGGAGCCCGGUCUGGCCUUGGGGGGGGGGGGGGUGGUCUCCUUGUUGCUCUCAUCUUGCUUGAGGGAGCCCUUUCCUGUCGGCUGGGAGUAGAAAAAUGGCUAGUGAUCCAAAUGGGAUGCCAUGUCUUACUUUUAGGGUGGGAGCCAGGCUUAGCCUUGUCCCAGCCAAGCAAGGGUGUCUGCCUUAACCCCGACCACACUGGGGUAGGGUGGAGUCUGGCUCUGUUGUGGGUGCCUUGAUUGAGACAUUGUAGGGUGCUCUGUAGCUUGGCUUUAGAUUCUCCCUCUUCUCAAACCACGUAUGCAAUCCACCAUCUUUGUUGGCAGAGGAGGUCUCGUUAGAUCUCACCCUUUCCCCCCCUCGGAGGACCUCCUGCUCCUUUUCUGCUACCCUUCUACCGCCCGUCUUCUUGGAAAACUUGUUUCAUUACCCCCUUGCUCCUAUCCUGAGAGCUGGCUUUCAUCCUAAAUCAAUAAUAUUUUGCUGUUUGUUAUUCUCUGUUAGAGCAGCCCUGGCGGCACACUUCAGCUGGAGCCCUUGACUGGGAAAGUCUUGUGGGAUUCACACAUUAGACCGACAUCGGAGUUUUUUGUAUUUUAAGUGCACAUCCAACAGUUGUGUGCAAGGGACAUGACUGGGUUGGAAACGGGGGCAUUGUGCUCACCAGUGAACCAGCUCCUUGCUGAGCGCAUGAUCGGGCUUUGCUCCAGUGUCACAUCUGCAAUGUUUUUUUGAGCCAGAGGGUGGGGGCGCUGGGAUGGAUUUUCUUUUCCUGCCACCGAGCAGCACUGAAAGAAACACCGGUGCCUUUACCGUAGGGAGUUGAGGUGCCGACAGAGGCUCUGGAUCACGGGUGCUGCACCUUCCAGGAGCACAGCCACUGAAUGGAUAGCAGAAUCUGGGGCUGCCAAGGCAUGCUGUGACACGUGGCCCUGUGGAGUUCUGCCGUCCAUUCCAGUAGCUGUGUGCCAGCUGCAGCCCUGGCGCCUCCCUUGCUGCCUCCUGCUGCCCCUCCCCAGUAAGGGAGCCACAGUCCCUUCUCUCUUCAGCAGCCCCCAAUGACAGGAGUCGGAAAACUCCCCACAACUUACCAAAUCAGCCCCUGCUUCGGGGUUAUGCAUUUGUGCCAGCUUUUGAUUUCCUUUAUGUGCUUUUUGUUAGUUACACGCUCAAAAGACUUCUUCUACUCUGCCCGCCCCCGUACUUCUUGCCAGACUCCACUUGGCUGUCUAAUGCCCAUAUUCUUUCUCCUGCACUCUUAAUUGGAUAGCCAUUUCUAUUUAAACAAGUGAGCCUCUUCCCCCCCCCCCAUUGUGUUCCCCCCAUCAUCUAUUCCCACCGCUACUCAGGGGGGAAAUAGGGGAGGGCUUCCCUUUCUUGCUUCCUGCAGCCAUCUCUGUCUGCGCCGAGGUUGUCAGGCUGUCCUAAAAGACAGGCCCCCGGAGUCAGGUUUGGGGGAAAGGCCCUGCUUCCAUUCUACAGUUCCGUAGGGUGCAUGCCACCAGCCGCUCUUGUCCCAACACGCACCCCUGCCUGUGCAUGCACGUGCAUGAGUCUUGAGGAAAACGGCUACAGCAGUUCCUGAACUUUCCCUGAACACACAACUCUCCCCCUCCCCCAAUGCACUGAACACGGCGUCUUUGGAGAGCGCAUCCCGUCUUCCAUCCAAGACACGUCUCCAAAGGGGUGGGGGAGAAGUUUGGGGGAGGGAAGGAGCAGGGAAUGGCUUGACCAACCGAGCAAGAUGAGGUGGACUCUGGUGGAUUUCCAAAUAAACCUUGUUCUGAGACGAUGAAUGUUACCUCACUUGAUUUAACUUAUUAACUUAUUUGUUUCAUUAAAG